UUUUAGAAUAAAAUUUUCUUGGAGAAAAUUGAAUUUUUCAACAUUAUGAAAGGACAGCCAUCUUCUAGCGCCCAAAUAGCUCAACGUAAUUGGAUGUUAGAAAAUAGUGUUGCUGAUUCAAUUGACGCAAUAUUUAAAUAUGACAAAGAGGAGCAGCAAAUGAUUAGAAAUGUUAAGCCAUGGGAAAAGGAUCCGCAUUAUUUCAAGGAAGUUAAAGUUUCUUCUAUUGCUCUUCUUAAAAUGGUUAUGCAUGCACGCAGUGGUGGAAAUAUUGAAGUUAUGGGUUUAAUGCAAGGACGUGUAGAUGCAAAUACCUUAAUUGUUAUUGACAGUUUUGCACUUCCUGUAGAAGGAACUGAAACGCGUGUAAAUGCACAAGCUCAAGCCUACGAAUUUAUGACAAAUUAUAGUGAAGGUUGUGAAGCUGUUGGACGUCUUGAAAAGGUUGUCGGUUGGUACCAUUCCCAUCCAGGUUAUGGCUGUUGGUUGAGCGGAAUCGAUGUUAGCACGCAAGCACUUAAUCAACAAUUUCAAGAACCUUUUGUUGCUAUUGUGAUUGACCCAAUUCGGACGAUUAGUGCAGGGAAAGUUGACAUUGGCGCUUUUAGAACUUAUCCAAAAGGUUAUAAACCCCCAGACGAACCUCAAUCAGAAUAUCAAACAAUUCCUUUAAAUAAAAUUGAAGAUUUUGGUGUACAUUGCAAACAGUAUUAUUCAUUGGACAUUACUUAUUUCAAAUCCUCACUUGAUACAAAAAUAUUUGAUGCUCUUUGGAAUACUUAUUGGGUAAACACACUUUGUUCCAAUCGUUUAAUAACCAAUUCUCAUUAUAUAACUUCACAAGUUUAUGAUUUGGCUGCAAAAUUAGAACAAAUUGGAAAUAAAAAUUCUUCAAUGUUUGGAGAAAAAUUACAAAAAGCUGUUAAAGAUGGAGAAAAAUUGGGGUGUGAAGUUUUACAUGGAAUGAUUGUACAUGCUGUUAAAAAUAGUCUCUUUUCUUCUUGCUCAAUAGCUAAAUUAACGAAAGAAAACGAUCAAACAAAAAAUUUAGAAAAGGACCAAGAAGAAUCUAGAAAAUUGGAAGUUAUUUGUGAUUACAUACAAUUGCCUGAAAUUGUAGCAAAAGACGAAAAAAUAAUUGAAGAAGAAAUGUCAGCAGAAAAUAAAGAGAAAGAAGAAGAGGGGAUUGAUGAAAUUAAUAAAGGGGAUUGCUCAAAGAAUGUUACCCCAAUGGAAGAAUAA